UUUGUUUAUUUUUGCUAUGCUACUGAUAAUGCAGUCUGAUUCGUGAGAGAGAUGGGAAGAGAAUGAAUGAUCUUAAAAUUAAAAAUUAAUUAAAAUUAAAAUUUUAAGAUCAUCGUUUCUAUAAUGAUCUAGAACCCUUUUUAGUCUGUCUGUCUGUCAAUCUAUUUACAUACAUGAAUAUAUAUGAUUUAAAUAUAUAUAAUUACGAAUCUCUCGAGAUCUAAAUUCAGUUCUAUAAAUUUUAUUUUAUAGCUUAAUUACAGGUAGUUUUUAUUAAGAAGAAUAUGUCUGAUGGUUGGACUUCACCAAGUUUAACUGUAACUACAACUACAACUACUAAUAAUGAUAUAUCAUCUACUAGUUCCCCAAGCAUAAUGUUUCAAAUUCCUUCCUUUCAACCUCCACCAAAGCAACAACCACAACAGAAUACUAAAACUAUAUCAUCUCAGCAAUUACCAACAACGAUUCAACCUAUCUCAAAUCAUUUACCUUCUAUUGAUCAAUUUGAUUAUAUGUUUGAUAUAAGAUCUUACAGUUCAUAUUUAAAAAAUCAUUUAAUAAAUUCAAUUAAUAUUAAAUUACCCACUACUUUAUUAAAGAGGAAAUCAUUAAACUUAUCCAACAUCCUUGAAUUAAUUAAUUUACCCACGGCAUGCAAACAAAGAUUAUUACAAUCUGAUGAUGAUGAUAAUAAUAAACCUAUUUCAAUCUUAUUCUAUGAUGAUGAUUCCAAUGAUCAUGAUUUGAAUAUUAAUUUAUAUCAAAUCUUAUUAAAGUUUUACCUUUUCAAUAAUGAUCGAUUUAACCUUUAUUAUAUGGGAUUCAAACAUACUACCAUCCCAUCUCAAUUAAUGGAAUCAUCUGAAUUGAAAUGUUCAACCGAUAAAGAUACGUUAGGACCCGCCAGUACUCAAACUAGUUCGAAAUCAGGUUAUUCAUCAACAGGAAGUAGUGCCGCUGGGUUUUCGAUUGACGAUCGGUUUUUAAAUUCAAUUAAAAAGAAUUCCAUCGAUGAUAAUCAUAAACAUUCAUAUAAUUUAAACAGUUUUGAUUUACACACUUUCCCCACUUGGCUAAAAUUCAUUUCUGAAUCAUCAAAGGAAGCUGUUAUCGAUCAAUUAAUGGGUAAAUUCAAAAAAUUAGAACAAAGUGAAAGACUUCGAAUUAAAUCAUUAUUAGUUAAUUCACCUUCCAUCAUUAAUAACAAUCAUGAUAAUGAAAUAUGUACUCCAAAUACUUUAUGUCCUAAUUGUGAUGAGAUUAAUUAUAAAUUACCCUUUGGCAGUAUUGAAAAUGGGUUAAAGAAUCGAUAUAAUAAUAUUUGGCCUUAUGAACAUUCUCGAGUUAAGAUAAAUAAGACGGUAUCACUUGAAGAAGAACCAGUCGAAGAUGAUCAUGAUGAUUAUUUCAAUGCUAAUUUCAUUAAUUGUAAUCAUAUCUUAAACACUGAGAAUAAUAAUUAUAUCGCAACUCAAAACCCUUUGCAUAAUACCAUUAAAGAUUUUUGGAAGAUUAUUCAUGAUUCAAAAAUUAAAAUCAUUAUAAGUUUAGAUUCAGGAUCAACUAAUAAAUAUUUAUCUUCAUCUCAACAAUCUGAUACUAUCAUUCAUUCAUCUGCUGAUUAUAUCGUUAGAAAAUUAGAAGGAGAUAUUUAUCAUUUUCAAAUUUUAAAUUGGCCCGAUUUCAACGUCCCCAUCGAUUUAAAUAGUGUUAUUUCCUUAAUCGAAUUCAAAAAUAAUAUCCUUGCAAAUUCAUCAUCUGAUUCAGCACCAAUUUUAGUUCAUUGUUCAGCAGGGUGUGGAAGAACAGGAGUAUUCAUCGCUAUCGAUACCCUCAUUAAUAAAUAUUUACAAUCCCCCACAUCAUUCUUUACUGGGUUUGAAGAAAAUCAAGAUUUGAUAUAUAAAUUGAUUAAUUAUGAACGAACUCAACGAAUCUCCAUGGUUCAAAAUUUUCAACAAUAUUUAGUAUGUUAUGAAUUAAUCUUGAAAUACUUGAAAAAUCAUGAACAAUCAAACUAACAACCACUGCUAACUCCACAAUACUAAUACUAACUGCUUUUUUUUUUUAAUAUCUGCAUUCUUUACAACGGCCAUUCGCUUCAUUUACAUACAUAGCAUAGAUCAUUCGUUAACCGUCAUCGUCAUCAUGUAUAUUUAUUUAAUUUAUUUAAUGUUUUUU